AUGAAGAAGCUACCAGUUUUUGGGUGUUUCCCGGGUCCUGAGCAAUCCCACGAUUGUGCUGGGAAUGUUAUCAGAAAGGAGGAUGCAUCUUGGACGGCAUCGUCAUGCCUCAAGAGUUCCCCGUCGCCCGCGUCGAAUGUUCCCAGCCUCGUCGUGUCAAUUUCCGUAUCCGACGAAGAGAAUGCCCGUGCGUCGCCGACCCAACAUGAACGGAAUGAUGCCUUAGCUGCGACCGGGCUGCACGGACCACAUGCGACGAAAUCUCCCGCAUCAGGCUGGACGGAACAACAGUCCACUGUGAAGUCCACAGAGGAUGAGACCGGGGAGCACGAGGAGGAGGGAGAGGAGAAGGUCCACGAGGACCUUGAUCCCAGCGCGGCUGCGUGCCCUGUACGGGCGGCUGCACGCAGUGUUGUACCGACGUUUUCGUCUCCCGAGCGUCUGGAACGCCGAGUCUUUGUUCCAUGGGUUCGACAUGCAGGUCCUCACGAACGUGUGGUUCCGCGACAAAGAACCACAUGGCUCGACCGCGCCGUUGGUUCCGACAUCUCGAAAGUAUCGGUUCCUCUAAAUACGAGUCGGGAGUUCCAGUGGACUUCUCAACACGCGCGCUCACGAUGCGAAUUCUUCCCCCCUCGAGAGGUCGCAGUCGACAUCGCAGGUCCUCGCAGGUCCUCUUCUCUCAACUAUUCAAGAAGGAGGUUUCGUCGUGCUAGGUCGACUCGAUCAUGCAGUUCGGCAUUGCCAUCGAGAGUUCCUCCUUUGGUCGAUUCCUCCUACGUUCGCUAUCAUAGCCAAGCUACACCAGCACGGAGAGUAGUCGCUGCUGCUAUAUCACCAGAUACAAGACUACAAGACAGUCAUCACGCUAUCAACGAUCCAGCCACCAUCGCCGCCAGUAACAACAUAGUCACCACACCUUACAAAAUGUCGAGCUACACUAUGACCUGCUCCCCGAUGUCCCCAUGCCUGCUCACCCUGUCGCCGGUGGUGAGGAUGCCGGCUGCACCGCCCCCGACCCCGGCUCAAGGCAUUCAAAAGCGACUCUCUCGCAGCCAGGUGGACGAGGCGGACAUGAGCAUCGACGACAUCCUCUCGGCGCUCCCCAUCGGCAUACCCAUCCCGUCAGCCAAAGGAAAAGAGCGGUGUCUCUCACCUCUUGAGACAAUCCCCCCGACCCCGCCCUCUUCACCAUUGUAUGGUCGUCGAAGCCGAAGCUCAAGCACCUCGAGCAGCAUUGCGUCGAGCAGUGACGACGAAGACCGGGGCGGAAGCGUCUGGCUCCGACGCGACCCAUUCGUCUCCAUCGUCUACCCGGGGCGAGGUGAAGUAUCGCAGCCCCGCCCAGCGGAGCCGGACAACAAGCUCCUCGCCGCGCUGGUGGAGGACAGCGUGCCAGACGACUCUGUCGACGACUCCGCCCUCGCCGACAAGGAACCCGACUUCGACGACGAAGACCUCGUCACGGUCGCCCUGGACGACCUCGCCAGCUACUGCCAAACCGCGAAGCUAUGCCGGAAGCACCGCGUCCACAUGCCCUGCGAGCGGGGAAAACGCGCCCGCGACGUCGACCACGGGCCCCUGCGCCAGCGCCGCGUCACCCGCCAGAUCGACAUCCAGCAGGGCGCAUGGGUCGACGUCGAGGCCCGCGGCUUCUCGUCGCAGUACAACCAGUUCGGCGCCGUCGGGCAGCGCGUGACGGCUCGCGCAGUCCCGCCCCCGGUCCCGACCGUCCAGAACCACGAGAAGGUCGUGUGGCGGUCUCGCGGAUGGACCGUGGUGCCGCACUCGGGGCCGGCGACGGCACUGCUGAAGGUGAAGGCGCAACCGUGGUUUCCCGAGGACCAGUAUGGCUGCUAG